AUGAUCGUGGGCCAAACUCCCGAUGGGAUCCACCCUACAACCUCUGAUGCUCCCCAAGAUGAGUCCUUUCGCCUGGCUGAGAACGGUAAAAAGCCACUCCCGACUGUUUCGACCAGAGGAGUCUUUUCCAACAGCGUGGAACCCGUCAACGUUCAAGUUCGUCAUCUUGGCGUUGAACUCACAACAGAGACGGUCUGGUCUAGGCUACCGACAAGGAUCACGCCAAGACCUGACCGCCAGCCUCCGAAAGAGAUUCUUCGAGAUAUCGCAGCCGACUUUCAGCCAGGAUCACUGACAGCAAUCAUUGGGGCCAGUGGGUCUGGCAAGACGACUCUCUUGGAUGCGCUAUCCGACAGGCUCACAAGUCGAGCACGUAUAAGCCAGGGAACGGCAACCUUCAACAGCCACGCCAGGGUCCACGAUGUCAGGCACGCCUAUGUCACGCAGCAAGACGUUCUCCUCCCUACUCUCACCGUUCGGGAAACCCUGAGAUACGCAGCCGAAUUACGCCUCUUGUCCUCUGUGACAGCACUGGAACGUCGUGAAUUGGUCGAAGAUGUCAUCAGCGAGCUGGGCCUGCAGAAGUGCGCCAACACUCGAAUUGGGAACAGUCAGAAGCGAGGAUGCUCCGGUGGAGAGAGACGUCGAGUCAGCAUUGGAGUCCAGCUUCUGGCAAACCCAUCACUUUUGUUCCUGGAUGAGCCUACCACUGGCCUUGAUGCUGCCAAUGCUUUUCAGCUCGUGAGCACACUACGGGACAUGGCUCACAGAGGACGGACAAUCAUCAUGACGAUUCACCAGCCUCGGUCUGAAAUAUGGUCUCUACUGGAUAAUCUCCUUGUGUUAGCCGAUGGAGGACUUGUAUUUUCUGGUCCUAUCUCGGAGGCUCUCCCCUGGUUCGAGACCAACGGUUUCCACAAGCCCCCGUUUACCAAUCCUGCCGACUUUAUCAUCGACAUAUCCUCGAUCGACUAUCGAAGCCCUCAGCUGGAAGAAGAAAGCACGAUUCGGAUCAACGGCUUGAAGUCAGCCUGGAUGAACGAGAGCCAGCGUCGAUUCCUUCAACCUGUCAACACUGGAUGUCCUCUCCUUGAGCGGUCCUCACAACGAAACACAAGCCAGCACAGAUCUCAGCUCCAGCAACUUCGGGUUUUAACCAAACGGACCAUCAAGGUCACAUACCGAGAUCCUCUGGGUAUGGUGGCAUUCAUCAUCGAGGCUGUUAUCAUGGGCCUUGCAGUAGGAUACAUGUUCUAUGACCUAGGGAGAGACCAAGUUGGCAUUCGGUCCCGGCAAGGGUGCUUGUAUGUUGCUGCAAGUCUACAAGGCUACCUGGUACUCAUUUUUGAGACGUACCGCAUGACUCUAGAUAUGCCAAUAUUCGAUCGAGAGGCAUCGGAACGCUGCGUUAGCCCUCUUGCAUUUGUCUUUUCUCACAGGCUUGCCAGGCUAUUGACCGAGGACUUGCCUGUUCCUGUCAUAUUUUCAGUCUUGAUCUACUUCAUGACCGGACUAGACCGCCAGGUUGACAAGUUCUUUAUCUUUUUUGCCAUCACUCUUCUCAAUCACUACAUCGCCGUUGUUUGCGCAACAGCAUGUGUGGUUAUCAGCAGAAACUUUGCGCCGGCGAGUCUCAUUGCAAGUUUGAUAUACACCCUGCAAAGCCUUGCCUCGGGUAUGAUCGUGCAGAUCGAAACCAUUCCAGUCUACGUCCGAUGGACUCGUUGGAUCACCUACAUGUUUUAUACCUUUAGUGCCUACAUCGGAAACGAGUUUCAAGGCAGUUUCUAUGAAUGCCCAUUUCAGAAUGGCCAGUCUGACCCAAGGUGUACCCGCUACAGCGGUGAUUUUAUCAUCAAAUCGCUCGGCUUUCCGCAAAACUGGACGGGUAUUGCCAUAGCCUGCAUGGUCGCCUUUGUUGUUUUCUUCGUGUUCUUUUCGAUCAUUGGACUGCAAUACCUGAAACCAACAUCGAUCGCGAAUGCUCGCGCCCCCGAUGCCCAAAGGAAAGUUUCUCCGAGCUUGGAAAUGAUGGCUCAGCAAUCAAUCGCCAAGGCUAGACGUCUACCAAUCAAACUUGAGCAGCUUUCUCUAACAUUGAGGACUAAAAGUCUAAAGAGAUUCAGAGCUAGUCCAACCGAGAAGAUCAUAAUCAAGCCCAUCAAUGCGGAGUUUCAACCGGGCGUACUCAACGUCAUUAUUGGACCCUCUGGCAGCGGGAAGUCUUCUCUCCUCAACGCCAUUGGGCGAAGGCUCCAAGACUCAGCGAGCAUCACAUAUCAUCAAUCAGGGGUGAUGAAAGUUGAUGGAAGAGAACUGUCUGAUCUGACCUUCAGAUCUAUGUGCUCUUAUCUUCGUCAGGAUGAUGAAUUACUCUUACCUGCUAUGACGGUUCGAGAGACUCUUCGCUACGCAGCAUUGCUUCGACUAUCGCAGAAUAUGACUGUCCACGAUAAACACCAGCGCGCCGAGGAGAUUCUUCUCAAGUUGGGUCUGAAAGGCUGUGCAGAUACUCUCAUUGGCAACGAAUCGUUUCGAGGCAUAUCCGCAGGAGAGAAACGGCGAGUCUCUCUCGCUAUCCAGAUCCUAACCGACCCCCAAGUCCUUCUUGUCGAUGAGCCUACCUCAGGGUUGGAUGCAUUUACAGCCAAUUCUAUCGUGCACCUCCUGCAAGGCCUCGCAGAGGAAGGUCGCACCAUAAUCAUGGCGAUCCACCAGCCUCGCUCAGACUUGUACGGACUUUUUGGGAACCUAUUGCUACUAUCUCAUGAAGGGUCACCUGCCUACUGCGGGCCAGCAAAAGACAUGGUUGAUUACCUUCGCGAAUGUGGUCACGACUGUCUAUCACAAACCAACCCUGCUGAUUUUGCCUUGGACAUUGUGACGGAUCUUUCUCAGCAUGGCUCGAGAGGGGACAUGGUUGAAAGCGGCGAUAGAGUGCAAAGAUUGAUCGAGCUCUGGAACCAGCGGUCCAUCCUUGCACAGCAAGAGGUUGCAGAGAGUAACCAUGGGCAGAGCCGAGUCCAAGGGACAAGUCGGGAUUGUAUCGACUCAACCUCUGAGAAUCGCCAAUCCCUCGAAUCUCCAGCUGAACUCACCUCAUUCGUGCGUGAUAGAACGCCGCUUUAUACCUCACUUCCACUCCUGGUCCGCCGAGCCAUCGCCAACACUUGUCGACAGCCUCAGCUGGUGCUCGCCCGUAUCAUGCAGUCAAGCGGCGUCGCCAUCAUCUUCACGCUCUUCUUCGCACAUCUUGGCCACGAUUAUCUGUCUAUACAAACACGCCUGGGUCUCUUCCAGCAGUUGGGUGGAUUCUACAUCAUCGGCAUGCUCACCAAUGUGGCAAUCUAUCCCAGCGAGCGGGACGUUGCCUACCGAGAGAUCGGCGAUGGCGCAUACAGCUUGGACUCGUUCUUGGCCUCCUACACGAUUGUUGAGCUACCUUUCGAGAUCAUCAACGCUCUGUUUUUCGGUAUCCUUGCUGUAUUCGCUAUUGGGCUCCCUCGCACAGCAGUCACUUACUUCGUUGCCUCCCUGGCUUGUUUCAGUGGGCUGUCUUGCGGCGAGAGUCUGGGAAUCAUGUUCAAUACGCUUUUCUCGCAUACAGGAUUUGCCAUCAACUUGAUGGGCGUAAUCUUGGCUUUGGCCAAUAGCAUGGCUGGCAUACUGUCGCUGGAUAUGCCGUCGUUGUUUGAAUAUCUGAACUACCUGUCCCCCAUACGCUAUCAGGUGCGUGGUGUGGCCUACUACUCGAUGCGAGGCUUGUCAUUCGACUGUAACUUUGACAACGGCACUUGUCCAAUAACAACUGGCGAGCAAGCUCUCAAACUGUACAAAUUCGAUGAGCACCCGCUUGUUAGUGUGGUUGGGAUGGGGGCUUGUGUUGUUGUGUACCGGUUGCUUGCCUGGGCGUUGUUGGUUAUGGUUAGAAGAGGGACUACUGGCUGA